UUGAGGCAUUUUAGUGCCUGAGUCUCGCGGUGGACGCGGUGGGCAGGGCCUAGUGGUGCCGGAGCGGACGUUGUGGUGAGGGGCGGGGCCGGCCGAGCGCUCCAAGAUGGCGGCCAACGUGUUCCCGUUCCGUGACGCGCGCGCUGCCCCUGAUCCGGUGCUGGAGGCCGGCCCGGUGGCCCACGGGCCACUGCCAGCGCCACUGGUGCUGGACAACGGGUCGUUCCAGGUCCGCGCUGGUUGGGUGUGUCCUGGACCCGACCCAGGCCCUGAGCCGCGCUUGCAGUUCCGCGCGGUGUGCGCCCGCGGGCGUGGCGGGGCUCGGGGCGGGGCGGGCCCGCAGGUGGGCAAUGCACUGGGCAGUCUGGAGCCGCUGCGCUGGAUGCUGCGUUCACCCUUCGACCGCAACGUGCCUGUCAACUUGGAGCUGCAGGAGCUGCUGCUUGAUUACAGCUUCCAGCACCUCGGUGUCUCCUCACAGGGUUGUGUUGAUCAUCCCAUAGUUUUGACAGAAGCUGUGUGCAACCCGCUGUAUUCACGACAAAUGAUGUCGGAGCUGCUUUUUGAGUGCUAUGGGAUUCCCAAGGUUGCCUAUGGAAUAGACAGCCUCUUCAGUUUCUACCACAAUAAACCAAAGAACUCAAUGUCCAGUGGGCUCAUCGUUUCAUCUGGAUAUCAGUGCACGCAUAUUUUGCCCAUCCUAGAAGGGAGAUUAGAUGCUAAAAACUGCAAGCGCAUCAAUCUUGGAGGAAGUCAAGCAGCUGGCUACCUCCAGCGUCUGCUCCAGCUGAAGUAUCCUGGGCACCUGGCAGCUAUCACUCUUAGCCGCAUGGAGGAGAUUCUGCACGAGCACAGCUACAUAGCUGAGGAUUAUGUAGAAGAAUUGCAGAAAUGGCGGUGCCCUGAUUAUUAUGAGAACAAUGUCCAUAAGAUGCAGCUCCCAUUUUCCAGCAAGCUCCUCGGCAGCACUCUGACCUCGGAGGAGAAACAGGAAAGGCGGCAGCAGCAACUGCGUCGGCUGCAGGAGCUCAACGCCCGGCGACGGGAGGAGAAGCUGCAGCUGGAUCAGGAGCGUCUGGAGAGACUGCUCUACGUGCAGGAACUUCUAGAGGAUGGCCAGAUGGAUCAGUUUCACAAAGCUCUGAUAGAACUGAACAUGGACUCCCCAGAAGAGCUGCAGUCCUACAUACAGAAGCUCAGUUUGGCAGUGGAGCAAGCUAAGCAGAAAAUCCUUCAAGCAGAAGUCAACCUGGAGGUGGAUGUGGUAGACAGCAAGCCAGAGACCCCUGACUUGGAGCAGCUAGAGCCGUCUUUGGAGGAUGUGGAAAGCAUGAAUGACCUUGACCCCUUGUUUUCAGAGGAAACACCUGAAGUGGAGAAGCCGGUUGCCACUGUCCAGCCCGUGUUUAACUUGGCAGCAUAUCAUCAGCUGUUUGUUGGGACAGAAAGAAUUCGAGCUCCAGAAAUUAUUUUCCAGCCAUCUCUCAUAGGAGAAGAGCAGGCCGGGGUUGCGGAGACUCUUCAGUACAUUCUGGACAGGUACCCAAAGGAUGUCCAGGAGAUGUUGGUUCAGAAUGUUUUCCUCACUGGUGGGAACACCAUGUACCCUGGGAUGAAAGCCAGAAUGGAGAAGGAGCUGCUGGAGAUGCGGCCCUUUCAGUCUUCUUUUCAGGUUCACCUUGCCUCGAACCCUGUGUUGGAUGCUUGGUACGGUGCCCGUGACUGGGCUUUGGAGCACCUAGAUGACGACGAAGCCUGGGUCACCAGGAAAGAAUACGAAGAGAAGGGAGGAGAAUACCUCAAGGAGCACUGUGCCUCCAACGUCUACGUUCCCAUCCGCCUGCCAAAGCAGGCAUCCCGCUCCUCAGAAGCCCAGGCAUCCAGCAAGGGUCCAGGCGCUGGUGGGAGCGGUGCUGGGGAGCAGGCAUAGUGGGGGCACUCUGGGGAAGCUGCCCUGCACAGUGCCCUUGGGCCACUGCAGCUGAGUGACAGGACAGUGGCUGCACAUGGUAGAUGCGCCCAGCCCGAGUCUACUGGUCACAUUUGGCUACACAAUGGAUUUCUCCUGGGGAGAAUGAAGUUAGGGAUGUAGGUAGCUGCCCUUUAGAAUUAUAUUCAUUGGGAGCUUCUGCAGUGAAGAAACUGAGGGGCCUUCUGUGCCUCUGUUGAACCAGGCGAGCUGCGGCAUCAGCUUCCUACAGCAGUAAGUGAAGAUGGCGUGGAGGACAGAGACGUGCAGGAUGCACAGGACUGGUUUCUUACUGUGGUUUUUGUUCGUUUAAAAAAAAUCUUUUAAAAUUUA